AUAUAAAAAUGGUGAUAUAUUCUCAUAAAUGAUCUCUUUUCUUCCUGUUUUCUUCUUCUUCAACAAUUUUUCUCUUUACACUUCACAUUUCCUAUCUUUUUCUUUUCUUUUUGUACAGACACAGAAUCAAUAUAGACAAAGUUAGGGUUUUUGAUUUCUCUGCGUUACUUUCACAAAACAAAUACACAAAAACCGAUUUUUUUUUUUUAUAAUUAUACGUGUUAUAUACACACACCUACCAACCUUCAAAGGUGGUAUGAAAUUGGGGCUCUGUUGAUCAGGAUACUAUUAGGGCACAAUUUUCCUUUUCUGCCUUUUUUUUUUCAAGUUUGGUAUUUGUUUGCAACUGAAUUUAGGGUCGUUCCUCUUUUUAUUUUUUCCUUUUUUUUUUUCUUUUUUUUUUUUUGGUUUUGAGGAUUAUAAUGAGAGGUUUUUGUGUGAUCAUGUGGAAAUAGAGGACGUUUAUUUUAUUGUUAACACUGAUUGAUAGGAGGUGAUUGUGAGUGUGUUGGUGGGGGGGUAGCGGAAUUGUGUGAGGAUGACUGAUUUUCAACCUCUGCAACAAAAACCUGAAUCAACUAAUGAUGCCCGGACCGAAUUCGAGCGAGGAUUAGAGGAAUUGAUGCGUGGACAUUUAGAUGGUUGUAUGUCAUUUGCCUCAUGUAGCUCCACUCAUAAUCAGGAUGAUGAGGAUGAUGAGGGUGAUCAGCUUGUUCGUCGGAGACGUAGGGCUGAUCUAGAGGGUGAUGAUUUAGCCGAGUCUUCUGCUGCAAGGAGACGCCAUUCACGUAUUUUCAGUCGAUGGGCAGCUCGCCAAGCUCAGGAAAUGAUUACCACCAUUGAGAGGAGGAAUCGUGAGUCGGAGUUGAUGGCACUUGCUGGUUUGCAUACUGUUUCCAUGCUUGAUUCCUCAUUUUUGAGGGAGUCACAUUCACCCACUUCGAGAAGGCAGGGGGCUGUUGAAAGGCCUAGCACUCGGGCAUCUUCAAUUUUGCAAAUGUGGCGGGAGUUGGAGGAUGAGCAGUUAUUGAAUAGGGCACGUGAGAGAGUGAGGGAGAGACUGAGACAUCAAAGAAGUGUGGAGUCUAAUACUAAUAUAUCGAGUACAAAUAUGUCAGAGAGUCGAGGAAGUGAGAUUCAGGGAAGUUUGGGGGAUGCAAGUGAGAGUGAGAAUGAGUUUGGACCUUGGCCACAUGAGCGGCUGGGGUCGCAGAAUGAGCGUGGGGAUAAUAAUGGGUCUAGCAGGGAGCAAUCUCCUGACCUUGGUGAAGUUGAGAGGGAAAGAGUGAGGCAGAUUGUCCGGGGAUGGAUGGAGAGUGGCAUUAGUGAUCAUACAUCUAACGUGUCUCAAAGGAAUGGAAGUCCUAGAGGGGAAUGGCUUGGUGAAACAGAACGUGAAAGGGUUAGAAUUGUUAGGGAGUGGGUGCAGAUGGCAAGUCAGCAGCGAGGAGGUCGUGGGGGACGGAGGGAAGAUCAAGCUGCUGGACCUGAUGCACAAGCUGACAGAGUUGUUCGUGAUGGAUCAGUUGCAGACCAUGAUGAAGGGCAACCAGAGCAUAUUCGUCGAGACAUGCUCCGGCUGCGUGGGCGACAAGCUAUACUCGAUUUACUUGUGAGGAUUGAGCGGGAAAGACAGAGGGAACUUCAGGGAUUGUUGGAGCAUCGAGCUGUCUCUGAUUUUGCUCAUCGCAACCGCAUUCAGUCAUUACUGAGAGGUAGAUUCUUGCGAAAUGAAAGACCUGUUGAAGAAGAAAGACCACCUUCAAUGGCUGCAAGUGAACUAGUCCAAUUAAGACAACGUCAUACUGUUUCUGGCUUAAGGGAAGGGUUUCGCUCCAGGUUGGAGACUAUUGUUCGUGGCCAAGCAAGUGGCCAGUCUGAUAGCACACCUGAUAACAACGUCAAUGAUGGAAAUGAUUGGAGUCAAAUUAGCACUUCAGAAAAUGUUCAACAUGAGAACAAUGAGCAACCCAGAAGUCAAGAAAUUGACAUCCAUCGACUGUCUGAUCAAACAGAUAGCAUAGAAAACAACACAACUGUAAAUCACAUGAAUUGGCAAGAAAAUGGUAAUCAAGGCGAGGGUUGGCAAGGACAAAUAACAAAUGAUGAGGAGCAAAACUGGCAACAACAAAACUACAGUCAGUUUAAUGAAUGGAGAAAUGGUGAUGCAGAACCUAUGGAUGGGAAUUGGCAAGAAAAUUCAGCAAAUCAUUGGCCCCAGGAAGCAGCUGGAAAUGUACAUAGUGAACAAAGACGUCUUCAAGAAGCUCAAGAAGUUUGGCGUGAGAAUCCUUCUCAGGGAGCCGUAGAAAAUUGGACAGAGGGGCCUUCUGAUCCUCCAAGAACACGUCGUGCUGUUCCAGUAAGAAGAAUUAAUAGGUUUCACCCACCUGAUGAUGAUAAUGUGUAUAGUAUGGAGCUUAGGGAACUUUUGAGCAGGAGAAGUGUAUCUAAUCUUCUUCGCAGUGGUUUCCGUGAAAGUCUGGAUCACUUGAUACAGUCGUAUGUGGAAAGGCAAGGCCGUGCUCCCAUUGACUGGGAUAUGCACAGAAACUUGCCAACACCAACUCCCACUUCACCAGAACGAGAUGAGGACCAGCAAAGAGAUGAUCAAAAUGAGGAUCAGCGUGAUUCUAUGAAUAGACCUUCAUUGGUUCUGCCGUCUCCACCUGUACCCCCACCUCAACCACUGUGGCACCAGGAUUUGCAUCACACUAGUUGGUCUCGUCAUAGCAUGCAUCGAUCUGAACUUGAAUGGGAGAUGAUUAAUGAUUUGAGAGCAGACAUGGCAAGACUUCAGCAAGGAAUGAGCCACAUGCAGAGGAUGUUGGAAGCCUGCAUGGAUAUGCAACUUGAGCUACAACGCUCUGUCAGACAAGAAGUCUCUGCAGCUCUGAAUCGCUCACCUGGUGAAAAAGGGUUGGUGGGUGCCGAGACAUCUGAAGAUGGAUCUAAAUGGGGUCAUGUAAGGAAAGGGACAUGUUGCGUUUGUUGUGAUAGCCAUAUCGAUUCUUUAUUGUACAGAUGUGGACAUAUGUGCACUUGUUCAAAAUGUGCAAAUGAAUUAGUUCGUGGCGGAGGCAAAUGCCCAUUGUGUAGAGCGCCGAUCGUUGAAGUGAUCCGAGCAUACUCCAUACUGUAAAGAGGUGGGAAAGGAUAAAUAAUUGAAAUUGAGUAGAAUGAGCGAAGGGAGCCUAUGUCAGUUUAGGCAAUCAGAAGGCUCCUCAGGGUUUUACCUGUAGAGCGUCCAAUUGUUGCCACAGUUUUUCUGAUUAAAUAUUAUGCAAAUGUAUAAUUGGAACAACAAAUGGCACCUUAAUUCUUCCGUAAAUAAAAUGUUUUGUCAGAAAAUUCUUUU